AGACAACGCUAUAUACUGUCGCACUGGUAUCACGGACCAAUUGCCGUACGGUGACAAGUACUGGCAUCAGCUAGCAGGAAAUUUCAAAUACGUUUCAUGUGGGGAUUAUGGCUGCUGGGCGAUAAAACCAGACAAUUCGAUCGCUUUUCGCACUGGAGUGACAUUCAGCUACCCUCAGGGAACAAGUUGGUUUGAUGUUGAUGGCAGUUUCGUGCAGCUCGAGGCUAGCUACCAAGGCAGGGUGUAUGCUGUAACUUCGGCAAAUGUGCUCUAUUACAGAUUUGGUAUAUGUUCCCUUCACCCGACUGGUUCAACAUGGAAACAGGUCGAAGAUCUGCAGGUUAAACAUGUAACCGUUGGCGACAACAGUCUGUUUGUAAUUGCUACAAAUGGAACGAUAUUUACAUCUACUUAA